UCCCGCGCUCCGGGCCAUGGCCGGUCUCGGCCGCCCGGCCCUCGUCGUGCUGUGCACGGUGCUGAGUCUGUGUGGAGCUGCAGCCCAGAAACAAGAAGGCUGUGCCAGGUGGUGUCCUCGGAACUCCAAGUGUCUCAGUGCCGACACCUGCCGCUGUGAUGCGGGAUUCAGUUCAGUGGAGGAGCUCAUCACCAGCCCGGACGGCAGCUGUGACGACAUCAACGAGUGUGCACCACCUUUGAGGACGUACUGUGGGAAGUUUGCAGACUGUGAGAACACAGAAGGGAGCUACUACUGCACGUGCAGCCCAGGAUACGCACUCGAGUCUGGGGACAAAAUAUUCAGGAACGAGAGUGAGAACACGUGUCAAGACGUGAACGAAUGCACCUCCGGCCACCACAACUGCCACAGCUCCGCCCAUUGCCUCAACAAAGCCGGCGGGUAUGAGUGCCGCUGCCGACGCGGCUGGAGGCCGAUCCUGGGAUCCCCCGAAGGCCCAACGCACACCCAGUGUGAAGACGUGGACGAGUGCCGCUCCGGACAGCACCAGUGCCACAGCUCCGCCGUCUGCGUCAACACCGUGGGGUCCUACAGGUGCCGCUGCCUCCCGGGCUGGCGGCCGCUGCCGGGGAAGACCGCGUGCUCAGAGGUCGUCUUCCCCACCUGGACGGCGCCCCCCGGAAUCCACAGCACGGCUCUGGCCACCUUCUUGGAGGAGGUGCAGAAUCUGACCAGAGACUUCCAGCCACACACAGCCCGGGACACAGCGGACGCCAUCCAGAAUCUCAUCAAGGCUCUGGAUGGGCUGCUGGAGGCUCCCGGGGACAUGGAGAGGUUGGACCUGCCUGCUCGGCACCGCAUUGCCACCCAGCUGCUCCUGGGCAUGGAGGGCAUGCUGAGGUCCCUGGCCCAGGCCUUGCCUGCAGGUUCUUUCAACUACACCUCCGACUCCAGCACAGCGUUGUUCCUGAUGGUCCAGGAGCAGCAGCAGCAGCCGGCUGGUAACAUCACCAUCGGCCAUGGCCAGGCCCAGAUGACGCUCAGCUGGGCUGUAGCCACUGGAAAUGAACCGUCUAGAAAUGGCCCUACCGUGGCAGGCAUCCUGUCCAGCCAGAACAUGAAGAACUGGCUGACCAACACCUCCCUAGACCUGGAAGGGAGGCUGGCCUCGCUGGAGGAGACCUACGAGAGCCCUGUGCUGGGCGUACAGUUCAGAUUUCUCUCCAGCAUCAAUUCUGUGUUUUUGACCAACACGAAGACAGGGGAACUCGCCUACCCAGUCACCUUCAACUUCUCACACUCCCGGGAGAUGCCGGGGCCUCGGGAUGAGGUCAUCUGUGCUUUCUGGAAAGGGGAGGACGGCAACAGGAGUGGACACUGGUCCACAGAAGGCUGCCGGAAGGUGGACAGUAAAGAUGGCAUCACCAUAUGCCAGUGCCGGCACCUGAGCAGCUUCGCCAUCCUCAUGGCUCACUACCACAUCCAGGACCCGAGGCUGGCACUGAUCACCAAGGUGGGGCUGUCGCUGUCCCUGGUCUGCCUGCUGCUCUGCAUCCUCACCUUCCUGCUGGUACGCUCCAUCCAGAGCUCGCGCACCACCGUGCACCUGCACCUGUGCCUCUGCCUCUUCGUGGGCUCCGCCUUGUUCCUGGCGGGCGUGGAGAACAACACCGAAGGCGGUCAGGACGUGACGCCCUGCCCGGCCUGCCAGGAGAGCUGGAGCCUCGAGGCCCCGCCCGUCCGGGGCUCCGGCCCCGCCCUCCCCGGCGAGGCCCCGCCCCCGCCGGUGGGGCUGCGCUGCCGCCUGGUGGCCGCGCUGCUGCACUACUGCUUCCUGGCCGCCUUCUGCUGGAUGAGCCUGGAGGGCCUGGAGCUCUACUUCCUGGUGGUGCGCGUGUUCCGCGGCCAGGGCCUGCGCACGCGCUGGCAGUGCCUGCUGGGCUACGGCGUGCCGCUGCUCGUCGUGGCCGUGUCGGCCGCCGUCUACAGCGAGGGCUAUGGCCGCCCCAGCUACUGCUGGCUGAGCCUGAAGCGGGGCUUCCUCUGGAGCUUCGUGGGCCCGCUGGCCUUCAUCAUCCUGUGCAAUGCGGUCAUCUUUGUGACCACCGUGUGGAAGCUCGCGCAGAAGUUCUCGGAGAUCAACCCCGACAUGAAGCGGCUGGGGAGGGCGCGCGUGCUCACGGUCACGGCCGUGGCGCAGCUCGUGGUGCUGGGCGGCACCUGGGUGUUCGGCCUGUUCCUCUUCGACCCGCACAGCAUGCCGCUGUCCUACGCCUUCUCGCUGCUCUCCGGCCUGCAGGGGCUCUUCCUCUUCCUGCUGCUCUGCGUGCUCAACAAGAAGGUGCGGGAGGAGUACCGCCGGUGGGCCUCCGCCGUGGUUGAGGGCAAGUACUCGGAGUUCGGCUCUUCGCACUCAUCCAGCACGGGCUCCAGCCAGCAGACGCGGGCCCUGAGGUCGUCGUCGUCGGGCUGUGACUCCCGGUGCGGGCCUCGGUGCAGCCUGGGCGGCGGCCAGGCCCCCAGGACCCCCACGUCCUGCCACUGCCCGGCCUGGGAGACGGACUGGCCCCGGGCGCACGGGGAGACUGAGGCCGAGGCGGCGCCGCCGGGGCGCUGGCCGCCACUUUCUUAAGCUAGGACUCAGGCCGCUGAGGCUCACGGUACGAGGCCGCGGCCCCCGAAGGCGGGCGUGGCGGGCCCUCUCUGCGGUGUGCGGUGACGGUGGUGAAGGUGCACCGCGCCUGGUACAGGCCCGGCCGCGGACAGUGUGGACGCGGAGGAGACCACAGGAGACCACAGGGCCGGGCUUCCAUAAUAAAAAUUUAUUCGUACACAAAUCUA